GCUGUGCCUCCUUCCUUCGGACGGUGCUUUGCGAGGCUGCUGAGGUAGCGGGAUGCUGAACGUACCUUCGUCGGCGUUUCCUGCCCCCGCGUCCCAGCAGCGGGUGGCCCUAGCAGGGCGCAGCAAGGUACCUUUGAAGCCAGGUCGAAGUCUUAUGGACUGGAUUCGGUUAACUAAAAGUGGGAAAGACCUAGCUGGUUUAAAAGGACGAUUAGUAGAGGUGACCGAAGAAGAGCUUGCCAAACAUAAUACGAAAGAUGACUGCUGGAUAUGUAUAAGAGGUCUUGUAUAUAAUGUCACACCAUACAUGGAAUAUCACCCUGGUGGUGAAGAUGAGUUAAUGAAAGCAGCAGGAGCUGAUGGCACAGAUCUAUUUGAUCAGGUUCAUCGCUGGGUCAAUUAUGAGUCAAUGCUGAAAGAGUGUAUGGUUGGAAGAAUGGCACUUAAACCUCUUGCCACUGUUUUAAAAGAGAUUUGCCCCACUGUACCUGAAGAAAACAGAAUCUUAAAUGGUAUGUUUCCUGAAAAUAAAGUCUUGGACACCUGUUCAAAAGAAGUUGUUCCCAGUUAUGAUUGGUUCCAGACAGAUGGUUUAGUCACUGUGGUCAUAUACACUAAACAAAAGAAUAUGAACUAUGAAUCAGUGAUAGUCGAUCUUCAGGAAGUCAAACUAAGAGGAGAGAUCAUUGUGAAAGACUACUCAUACCUUAUCUACAUUGAACUGAGUAAUGCAGUUCAUGAAGACAUUAUAGUACAGGUUUUUGAAAAAGUGGGAAAGGUGGAGCUUAUCCUGAAGAAGAAAGAAAUUCUACCUUGGAAAAAACUUGGGCAGCCAAUGGAAAGUCAUAACUCCUUCGUUAAACGCACAGACAGAGGUCUAUACUACAGAAAAUGCAGGCUGCUAUCAAAAACAAAUGUCAGUCAUGACACUCGACUCUUCUGCUUGGUGUUACCAUCAGGAACCCAUCUCCGUGUCCCUGUUGGGCACCAUGUUUACCUCAGAGAAACUAUUACUGGCACAGAGAUAGUGAAGCCAUAUACACCAGUGUUGUCUUCCUUGUUAUCAGCAUUCAGAAACCCUUCUCAAGAUGAUAAGACACACAUAUUUUUCAUGAUCAAAAUUUAUCCCAAUGGACUAUUCACACCAGUACUUGAUGCUCUGGAAAUAGGGGAGUAUAUUUCCAUGAGUAAUCCUGAAGGUAACUUCAUGAUAUCACAAGUUGAAAAUGUGGAAGAUCUAUUUUUAUUGGCAGGAGGCACAGGAUUCACACCAAUGGUUAAAUUGCUAAACUACGCUUUGACCAGUAGCAGUAGUGUCAGUGCAGUGAAAUUGAUGUUCUUCAACAAAACAGAAGAUGACAUCCUUUGGAGAAAUCAGCUGGAGCAAUUAGCCCUUAAUGAUGCAAGGUUCGAAGUUCACUUUGUUCUCUCAGAGCCAAAGAAAGGAUGGGCAGGCAAACAAGGAAGCAUUUCUUCCUCUCUUCUUUCUCCCUUUGUGAAAAGAAGUAAAGAUAAUUCCAAGAUGCUUAUAUGUAUUUGUGGUCCAUUACCUUUCAUGGAACAAGGAAUACAGUAUCUUCAAGAUCUUGGGCAAUCCUGUCAGGAAAUACAUUGUUUUACAGCCUAAAAAGAAAACAUUUAGGACCGCAGUUUGCACAUUUGACAGACAUACUUAUUUUUUUAUUUGAAUUCUGAGAGAGAAAUGUUCUGCAUGAAUACUUGUUCUUUUUAAUAUAAUUACUUGAAUUCUGUCAUCUUUGUGGAGGAAAUAAUUUUAUAUUCUGCUGCUUUGAAAUUGUAUUUAUUUUUGCUACUAUGUAAAACUUAACUAGAAUAUUUUAGAGGUAAAUAAAUUAGUACAGUUCAUGCGUGUUGAGCAAGUAUGAUAUGAACUCUCACCAUCAGGUAAGAUUUAGUAGCAUCCUUUUGCACUGAUUAUUUUAACUAUGUAAGCACCAGAACCUUUUUUAAAAUUAUAAAUUCACUGCUGUAAAGUAGUGAACAACUUGCAAUCAGCAUAGCCAAUGGGAGCUAUGUGCUAAACUAUCUGGAGGGCCACAGGUUGUUCAUCCCCACUGUAAAACAUCUUGUUAGUACUGUAGUAUGAAGUUAUAUGUUACAUGGUUAACUCAGGAAAAUGAUUGUUUCAGUAGCAUCUUACUGAUAUCAUGAAACUGUAGUAUUAAUAAGUGUGUCUUUUUACACAUUAUACAGAAUAUCUGUUUUAUGUGCUAAAUUACUUUUUGUAUAUGAAUAAUAAAAACAGAGAAUGUUGCAUUAAAA